AUGGUCAACAAUCAAUGUUUAAACCAAAAAUUGGACAAGUUGAUUCAGGAGGUCGAAUGUCUCAAAGAUAUGUUCAAAGAGAAUGUAACUGAAACAGUGGAAAAUAAUGAAAACAUACAAAAGGAUGACAAUAAUGAUGGAGGUGAAGGGGAUACAGAUAAUGAGAAUGAUAAUAAUGAAGUUGAUACGGAUGUUACUAAUCAGAUAGAUUUUGAUGGAAACGAUGAAACAGAAAAUGAAGGACAAGAGGGAGGACAAAAUGAUUUGCUUGAUGAUGUAGUAUACAGCACUGCUCUCCUUAAUGAAGUAGACAAAUUUAAGAAAGAAGCAAUAAAAAUGAAGUCAACCAACAACACGUUUUACAUUAGGGGGAAGGAUGACCAUGGACAUAAUAUCAUCAUGUAUUUGCCAUUGAUGAUGAUCGCCUAA